AUGCUUGCAAGGUAUAGGGAGAUGCUAGACACAGCUAGCAAUGGGAACUUCCUCAACCAGGAUGUAGAUGAUGGCUGGCAGCUUGUGGAGAACAUGGCCAUAUCAAUGGAAGUGCUAUGGAGAAUGAGUAGAAAUGCUCCAACAACUCUUACAAGGGCAAGCCAAAGGUUCUCUGGAAAUGAACAACAAGUGGUUGAGAUAAACUCCAAACUUGAGUCAUUGACUUCAAGAGUCCAAAUCAUUGAGUCUUCAAGUGCAUCAUCCUCUUCACCUCAAGAGUAUGCCCAAGCAGUUACACUAAGAAGUGGGGGCAAUUUCCAAGCAGAGGUAGCCCACCCCAAAUCGCUGUGGACAUCGAUGACGAGGAAGGGGAGGAUUUGGUCGAGUAUGCUGAUAUCCCAGCACCGAACUCGAUCGAGCUGGAACAAAACCCUGAACCAGAGCUCGAUCGAGCUGAGAAACCGAGACUCAGCAAGACAAACCAGAGCUCGAUCGAGCGAGAAGCGAACGGACAAAGCAAGCUCCAGCCAACCAACUAAACCUGUUGGAAAGAAGAAAGACACUCCAUCAGGACCACCACCAUACAAACCCCUCUACCCUUUCCAGGAAGGUUCAAGAAACAACUGUUGGAAGCACACAAGGCCAAGUUUGAUGAACUAA